AUGGCAUUUGAAAAGAGAAUUGGUAGUACAGUCAGGCAUAUUAAGAUUGUUGACAUAAAUGAGUGUAUGCAUGAAUGUGGAGUGGAAGAUAUUAAGAGUGUGGGGAAUCUGUUUACUUGGAACAAUAAACACCAAGGGGCAACUAGGGUGUUUUCUAAUCUGGAUAGAGUGCUUGCUAAUGCUGAGUGGCAGAGGUGCUUUAUGUCUGAAGAAGUUUGUUUCAUGAAUGAAGGAGAGUUUGAUAAUUCUCCUUGUUUAAUUACUGUCUACCCUAGUGCCACAAGGGGUAGAAAACCCUUUAAAUACUUCACUAUGUGGAAAGCUUCCCCCAAGUUUCUUGACUUGGUUCAGAACCAAUGGAAUGUGCAGAUUCAAGGGAGUAAAAUCUAUGUGCCAAAGGCAAAGAUUGAUUGGAUUAAAGCUGGUAAUGAAAACACAGCUCUCUUCCAUCAGAGUAUCAAGAGUAGGAACACUCAUAACAAAGUGUAUAACAUUCAUGAUAUGGAUGGAAACUGGAGGGAUACCCCAGUAGUUCAGGAUGGGCCAUUAGUUACUGAUGCUCACAAAGCUAUUUUAAAUGCUCCUUACACUAGGGAAGAAGUCAAGCAUGCUCUUUUCUCUAUUCCAGGAGUUAAAGCUCCUGGCCCUGAUGGAUUUGGUUCUUACUUCUACAGAGAUGCUUGGUCUGUUGUAGGGGAUGAUGUGAUUGAUGUUGUGCUGGAUGGUUUUGUUCAUGGUAAGCUGUUAAAGGAGAUAAACCAUACCGUGAUCACUUUAAUUCCAAAGAUAAAAUGUCCUAAGAAUGAUUUGGUGAAGCAGUAUGGUAGGGAAAAUGUUAAACCUAGCUGCUUAAUGAAGGUGGAUCUCCAAAAAGCAUAUGACACUGUGGAUUGGGGUCUUCUUCAUGAAAUGCUGAAUUUAUUAGGUUUUCUUAAUAAUUUUGUGAAGCUAGUGAUGGAAAUUCUUCAUAGAAUGAGCAGCAUGCCUCAAUUCCAGUUCCAUCCAAGGUGUAAGGAUGUCAGGCUCUCACACUUAUUCUUUGCUGAUGGCCUUAUUCUAUGUUGUAAAGGUGAUUAUGCUUCCAUCUAUCUUCUGCUCCAAGCUUUUAAGCUUUUUUCUAAGACUUCUGGAAGUUCUUUACCCUUUAAGUAUUUGGGUGUUCCUAUUUUCUCUAAGAAGAUCACAACUGCCCAAUGUGGGGUGUUGGUUGAAAAAAUGACAGCUAGAAUCAAAGUUUGGAGUACUAGAAAUUUGUCCUACACUGCAAGAAUGCAAUUGAUCAAUUAUGUGUUGAUCAGUUUCCAUAUGUAUUGGUCUCAAAUUUAUAUUCUGCCUAGGAGUGUGUUGCAGAAAAUAGUCAAAAUUUGUAGAGCCUUCUUAUGGAGUGGUCAUUCUUAUAGUACAAAGACAAGCAAUAUAAAAUGGAAUAAGGUGUGUUGUGAGAAACAAGCUGGAGGUUUAGGUUUCAAAAAUGUUUUACGUACUCUGGAAUACAGCUAA